GCCCUGUACGCCUUCUCCAACAGCAACCAGGUGGUCAAGCGGGUCCUGGCGCAGACCAGCAGCGGGGGCUUCUGUGGAAACGAUGGCUUCAUGCACAUGACCCUCAGCAGCCUGCCUUUCGGAGGAGUAGGCACCAGUGGGAUGGGUAGCUACCAUGGCAAGUUCUCUUUCGACACCUUCUCCCACCACCGUGCCUGCUUGCUGCGCCGCCCUGGGCUGGAGAAGAUCUACGCCAUCCGCUACCCACCCCACUCUCCACGCAACCUGAGGCUGCUGCUCCUGGCCAUGGAGGCCCGCGGCUGCAGCUGCACGCUGCUCUGAGCCCACCUCGGGCGCUGGGGCACUGAGUGUCCUUCCCAGCUCACGUCUAUGCGUUCUCUGCUGCCGCAGCCACCUGGUAGAGACCUGGCCCGGGGUCCACGACACCGAAGGAAAAGACCAGCCAGGGCUGUAGCCUAGAUCAGUGCUUGCCCUCCUCCCUCCUGGGGUUCCUCUUGUCAGGCCCUCAGCUGCCGAUCAAUAGGAUGGGCCGAGUUGUGGAAGUGUGGGAAACAGAGCAAUAACCUGCCCCCCGCCCUGCUCCCCGACUGGCCACCGUGUCCUGGGAGAGGAGGGCAGACGUGAGCACCACUGAGCUACCCCCCUUUCUGCAGAGGGUGUAGAAGGGGCCCUGGCAUCUGGUCCAUGCCACAUUGUGGACCUCUGUGACCUGGGUCGUCCCUGCCCUCUCUAACCCUGUUUCUCUGGCGGUUGUCUGAAGUAGGUGACUGACAAUACCUCCUGGGAUCACUGUCAGGAUUAAAUUUCAGAGCUUAAUUGCUGACUGCAA